CGGAGGGCGCCUGGUAGCGGGGCAGCGCGGCGGCCAUGGAGCCGGGAGAGGAGGUGGAGGAUGAGGAGGAGGAGGAGCAGCGGGUUCCUCCUAUUGCAACAACUCCGCCACGCCGCACUUGGAGGGAGGAAUCCUUAAGCCAAAGCAGCAGUGAGACCCAGGCCUCAGCUGCCAGCGGGAUCUCCCUGGGAGAAGCAAUACGUCAGAGAACGGCUGCUCAUCAGGAAAUUGACUCAUGGUAUCAGCUUCCAGCAGAGGUGGAUGCCAGCCAUUUAACUGCUGCCUCAGAGACAAAGCUUGGCCUGGCUUCUGAUAGGAAUGACCUGACUGAGUUCCCUACCCUGGAGGAAGGAGUGUUGCCUUCAGCAGAAACAUCGAGAAGGCAGCAUCCUGAAGAUACAGUGCAUGGCUUGCUGCUGGGUAUGCAGGACAGUCAGUUCUCUCCCUGUCUUCCAUUGCUGAUGUAUUCAACACCAGGCCAAAGGAUUUUGGAUGAGACGCUUUUCCAGCAAUCAGAAAGGGAUUUCAUUCAUUUAAGAGGAGUUCCUGAUGUUUCUGGUGCUUCCGAGCAGCGUUCAAAUCCUUUGCACAUCCCAGAAGCUGCCUGGCUGACAGAUGUUGAAACGCCCUCUGAUGCUCCCAGUGACUGCUGCUCCUUGUCCCAGCAUCCCCUUUCAUUCCAGCAGGCAGAACCUAGUGAUGCCAACUAUUUGUCUCAGCAAACCUCUCGUUCUUCUGAACCACUUAUGAACAAGGAGGCGAGUGAAGACUGCAAAAAUGAUGUUAAUGAGAGGGCAUCGAUCCCCAGGAUGGGUGACAAAGCAGUGAACCAAAUGGAAGCUUCACUUGUAAAGCAGACCUGUGGUACUUCUACAGAAGGUGACUUUUUCACUUGUGACAACAAUGUGCUGGCUCCAGUUUUUGAGCUUUCAGGGAAAGAAAAAGAGUUACUGAGGCGUGAUGAGUUCUCAUCUUCUGAAAGCUCCUCUUGUAAAACAGCUUUGACAAAGAAUUCAGGAAAAGGUGAAAGAGAGAUGCAAAUGGAAAAGGUAAAAAUGGCUGAGAGUGAGUCAGAAGGGUGCCUGAGACAUCCAGAGAGGCUGGAAAAAGUUCCUGAGCUUGGUUCUUCUCAGAUGUUAUCUGAUGAUUUGAAGAAAGACAGUGGUAAAAGUUCAGGUACACAGGAUGUGUUUUCUGCAAAGACUUCAGAAAUUGCUGGAGAGUCCAGGGGGCGCCGAGUGGAUUUGAGUGACUUUGGAAGCAUGAAGUUUGUAGCUGUUCCUAAUGAAGUCCAGGGAGCUUUCCUGGAUCGUGAGGAGAAGCAAGGUUUGAGAGAGGAGGAGUUGAGCCCCAUUGUGCCAAGCACCAGUGAUAGUGCCCCCAAACAACCAGUCGUGACCAACAUGGAAUCUCCUCCUUCCUGCAGUGAGAAUGCCCAUGUGGAAGUGGAGCCUGGAGUUCACAAGGCUGAAUUAACUAUUUCAGAUGUUUCCAUAGAAAGGGGACAUAAAGUUACAGACAUUUCCCCUUCGCUUAAUUGCAUUGUAGAUGAUGGCUCGUUCUUUAGACACUUCUCCCAUCCAAGCUAUCAGUCUACUCCAGGGAUACUGUUCAACAAAAAUGUCAGGGCAGAAGUGGGUGCUCGUGUGAUCAAAUCAGAUGUUCAAGCCUCUCCUUUAUGCCUAAACGAAGACAAUUCUGGGAAGUCAUCUACCAGUACACCUACAUCUGUUGAGAAGCAACGUUCUCUCCAGUGUGCCCAAAAAGAAAACAACAAGCACUUGGACUCCUUAAAACUGAGAUAUCCUCACACUGGAAGAAUUCAGUCGCUCCCAUCCCUUAAUUUCAUGGAGAAGGUGGGCACUUGGAAUCUGAGCCAGCCAGAGAAUAUGCCUGAUGUGCUGGCUUUAAGUGACCAGGGUGGAGUUUCACAUAGAAAGAAAGCCUACAGUGCAAUUGCCAGUUCUGCAAACAAUAUUUUGUCAAUGCAAAAUAGCAGCAGAAACCCUGAAGAUUAUAUUGCUGCUCCUUCUGGAGGGACACAUUCCCUGGAAAAUAUUCAUUUUCAUGAUAAAAUCUCAGAGCCUGUCCUCCCUCUUCCUAGGUCUCAGUCUGACAACUCAGUAAAUGUUGCAAGUAGGAACAACUCCCAGACUGAUGUUGUUCAACCAGUUAAUACAGAAGCAGUGCAGCCUCUAGAAGAAAAAAGUAAUGUUUCAGGAGUGCCUGAAAACAAAUUAGGAGGCUCCUUGGUACACCAGCUUACAGCUGAGAUUGCUUCUGGGUCUGUUGAUAAAGGUAGCAGUGUGGAGCAAACUUCAUAUCCGGAUGCUUUCAUUUCCAGUGAAAGAGUUGCUCUCCUCAUCAAAGAGGAUGGAAACUCUCCAACUGGUGACCAGGAAAAAUGUGAUGGUCUUGAAAAUCCAAAACUGCCUCGUAACUUAGAUGUUGGUCACGUCGGCGUGGACAACUGUGGUGAUAUUUCCCCAGACAGUCUGAAUCUUCCUGCUCGUUCUGGGGAAAGCAGCCACGGGGCCUCAGGCUCCCCAGGGUGUUCUUCAGUGGUUUCCAAGCCCUUCUUCACCAGUGCAGAAGAUGACAACUUUAUCUCUGUCGGAGCGACCGCUGUUCUGGAGACUCCAGAGAAAGGAGAGCUUAAUAUUGAAGAAAGGAUCCCUAUCUACCUUCGCAACCUUGGCAUCGACCAGUCGCCUGGGACCAUACUGACUCCUUUUGUACCCCGAGGACCAAUGAGGGAAGUUGAAUUUUCCCCUUCAGACCUCAGGACACUGAAGGGCUCCACUGACACGCUGACAAGGACCAUUCAGCAGCCACGAGGCGAGUUGCUGGCAGCGGUUGAUGUUACACAGACGAGUUUCAACUCUGGCACUUCCACUGUCAGCAUUUCAAUUCCAAUGGAUUCGGAAACUGGUUCUGAUACUUUCUCACCCAGAGAACUCUCUCCUCGCUUCUCGUUACCUUUUGGAGAAAAGCCCGUGAGUCAGUGCACUGUGUCGUGCCACAGAGUAGAGGUAACUGCUCCUCGUUCCAUGCAAGUGGAGACAGAAUGUUCAGCUGUCUCCAAACUAGCUGAGCCAAGCCAGCACCUGCAGACUGUUUCACUUGAUUGCCAUUCUAACAGAGAGAGCCCUGUGCUUGUUGCAAAAAGUGUUCAGGAUCUGCUAGCUAAAAAGGAAUCGAAAGAUGUGAAUGGAAGCUCACAGAGAUGGACUGUCAGUUCUUUGGCUGGAGUUAAAGAUGAAAAGGAGAGAGGAUCACAAACCUCAAGUGCAGGGAGUGAGAAAAAUGAGGGUCAAGAAAGUGAUUCUGUGAUUGGAUCUCGUGCAUUGCAAGAAAUACGUAAACUUCUGGCAGAGGCAGAGAGCAUAGCUGGCAGCUGGCCUGACCCUGUCUUUUCCAAUGCAUCUUCUAGAGAAACUGAGUCUUCCCCAGUGCAGAUUGAAAAGGAGGAUGGCACCAAGGAUUCUGACUUAGUGAAAGACAGCGUCCCUCAGUUUCAGAAGGUCGUGUCAUGGGCUGAGAGUAUGAAGCAAAGCAGUAUCCAAGAGGGAUCUAUACCAGAGCCUCUGGAUUCUUGCAAAGAUGAUUUAAAAUGGGAAUGUUCUUUUGAUGCCAGUUUGUGCAGUUGUGAAGGUGUGGUGGAGAUGACCGGAGAGUUCAGGACAGGAAAAUCUGUAGGAAGGUCUGAGCCAGAAGGCUGUAGCAGUGUAACUACAGACAGAAACCAACCUGCUGUUGUGGCUGUUGCACGAAGCAAUGCAAAUAGUGAGCUCAGCACUGAAAGACCUUCAGAGUUGGAGAAUCCCUCUCCAUCAGAGCCUCGAGGAAGUGUCAUCAAUGUGCCAGGAAGCUUCCAGAACGAGUUAUCUAAAGCUGAUGUUGCUGUAAGCACGGCAGGAGGCAUACAACAAAGCAGUGGCAGUAGCAGUGGAGAUUCGUUAGCUGCCCGUGUGAAAAACCUUCUGGGGAAUCCUUUGAUGCCUGUAGGCAGCACUGCUGAUAUCUCAGGAGGCUUCCAAAGCAUGAUGUCAAAAACAAGUGCAGCUGGAAGCAAAGCAGAAGGCGUGCAAGAGAGUGAUGGCAGUAGCAGUGGGGACUCACUGGUUGCCCGUGUCAAAAACCUGCUGGGGAAUCCUUCAGAGACUUCAGGCAGCACCACCAACGUCCCAGGAGGCUUCCAGAGCAUGUUGUCAAAAAGAAGUGCAGCUGGAAGCAAGGCAGGAGGCGUGCAAGAGAGCGAUGGCAGUAGCAGUGCAGACUCUCUGUCUGCCCGUGUCAAAAGCCUUCUGAGAAAUGGAUCGUCUCUAGUGCCUGCAACACCAAUUCUGAGGAGUGAUGAUGAAGAGGAGAGGAAAGCACGAGCAUGGGUGAAACUAAAGCUGGCCAGCAGAUCUGAGGAAGCUGCGUUGGACUUGAAUGAAGAGGACCGACAAAGGAUAGAGGAAAUAAAGGCAGAACUGCUGCUGAGUGCCAAGAGAUCUGGACAAGCCGAGGGUACACGGAGUUACAUUUCAGAAGCUGCUUCUCUGUAUAGCUGUAAUCAGGAAGCAGACAAAGAGCAUUCCAGAGCUUCAAGUGACAAGAGAUUUCAUUCUGACAGCCACACACAAGCCUCGGGGACUAAGGAGAUUUUAAAGCCAAGCUUACAACACGUUGUGCCAUUGUAUAGAGCUGAACUUUCAGACUGUUGUUUACUGAAGAAUACCCAGCUUAAAUCCUUAAGUACUGCAGAACCUCCUACCUGCAGGCAGCAUCAGGCCGUUGCAAGUAGCCAUUCUGGCUGUGUUGGCCUUCAUCUGCCACUGCAGAAGCAGCAGGACACACGUGUGAGGAGCUUUACGGCUGCUUCUGAUGCACAGACAGAAAAAGUCCCUUCACCAGCACAGAAGAAGCUGUCUUUUCCAAAGUGCUCUGAAGAGAUGUCAAAGCAAAUUACAUCCAUCACCUUUUCAUCCCGAAGGCGUUUUCAAUCACCGUUGACUUCCGUGGUCCUCGAUGGCUUUUUUAGUGGAGAUGAUCUUGAUGAGAUAAUGCCUUUGGAGACGGAUUCAGCCACUGCUGAGGAACAGAGCCAUGGCAAAAAGCACUGGGAGAGAUCUGAGAUCUGUCCUCCUUCGAGUCCGGCUCUGGCUGGCUCACCAUCUGAUGAAAUUGCAUUUCCUGCUGACAAAGACACGAUUCGUGAUGUCUCUCCUGACGGUAACAGAGAUGGAGCUUAUCAAGAAACAGACUGUUUGUCAGAUCGGGAGUCUGUAGCCGUCUAUGCUGAUGAGAGACAGACUCCCAGUGCAAAAAAUCUUGACGCUCUGUCUCAAGAUGUGACUGAAUUGGGCAGGCAUGGCGCCAGACUUCUGGGGCUUGACUGCGAUAGAAAAUUCAGUCAAGGGAUGAAGGGCCUUCACGAGCCCCAUUCUAUAAGCUCUUACCAACAGGAGAAAAGCAGUCCUACCAGCCAUGUCCAAUUAUGUGAGAGCUUUGAAGGUUCUGAUCCAGCCACACAGACUGAUUUGCCAAAGGACCGUGGGAAGCUGUUGGAAGAAGAGAAACGUCCUUCUGAUGCAGUGCCUCUCAUUCAGAAAGAAGGUGCUGGAGAGCAAACUGGUGUGUCUCAGCAUUCAUCUCCAGAUGAGAUUUUAUCCACCAUGUCUCCUUCAUCACCAAUUAAGAAAGUACUGUCUUGCGUCCACAUCACUCUUUCCCCAAAAUGUAAUAACUCAGAGCCACACAGGGACUUGAAUACUGAAAAUGAGAUGAGACUGGGGGACAAACUUGAAGUGAAUUCUCAACCAGUGCCUUUAAAAUCUCCAAAAACUUUAUUAGAAGCUGUUCCUAAAUUACCCACUGCUGAGCUCAUUCCAGAAGAUCAGAGAUGCUCAUCUUUCCCAGGGCCUUCAGCAGAGCCCUGCCUGGUGUUUUCCUCUGUUCCAAGCACUGCAGGGCGAGAGCUGCCUUUGCAUGGCAGUGAGAAACUGCAGGCUGUGAAUUCAGGUGGUUGUAGCCUGAAGAAUAUCUGCAACUGCACAGAUCCUGCAAAAAGCAGGAAAAGCACUUCUGAUGCUACCACUCAGAUCACAGAAAGCCCUGGAAAAACAACCUUCUCGGCAGAGAUCUAUGUUAAUUCACAAGACCCUGAAAGUUCUGCCCAUCAGUCUUCAAUCCAGAAAGCAAAAGAACUUCCCCAAAAUACAACUUCAUCUCUUAACAGGACUUCCUCUUUCCCAAGGCAGGGUGCAGGUCAGCCAUUACUGCUGCCAUAUAAACCUUCUGGAAGUACCGAGAUGUAUUAUGUUCCUUAUCAAAAAACAGGAGCCAACAUUUCUUCACUUGGAUCAGAAAAGAGCGGAUCAAAUGAUGCUCUUCCCUCGGGGCUUCCAGCAGAUGUGCUUGGUGUACAGGAUGAUAAGCCUCCAGGCACUACAGCUAUCAAGCAUAAAGAGGGAGUCUGCUGUAAGAGAGCCAAGCCCAAGCUUGCCUGGGCUGAAGAGCAAAUGACAGCCCAGGAAGGUGCUCCAGAAGGAAGUCAUCAUUUAAAGUCAGUGAACACCACUCAGUCAGUCUUCAAGUCUGCACAGUUCUACCUCCACCAUCCAGUGCCCCUCUUAUCCCACAGCGAGCUCUCGGAGGACUCUUCUGGUGUGGGACACACUGGAAUUUCCUCCAGCACUGUCCUUCAGAAUUGGAGGAAGGCACAUCGACAGAGACGUGUUUUGUCUGCCCACCGGAGGGAAGAUGGCGACCGUGAAUUCUUCCCACUCGUUGCAGAAGCAGAUCACAGCAAGAACGAGGAUCUAAACAUCCAUACAUCUUUGAGUAACGAAACCCCAAGAGAGGAGUUGCUUCAGCGGGGCGGGAGAGAAGCAGAACAAAUGGCAGCUCGUAGCCAAACGAGUCACCUUUGUGAGAAUGUAGUUAAAGACCUGCCCGUGAGACAGAGAACCCACUCUGCUGGUAGCUUAGAUGAGCUCUGGGUUCAGUUUUUGGAGCGCCAGAAGAGGUACCAGCAGCAGGAUUUUCGGCGUAAAGGUGAGCUGAGCCUUGUUGAACGUCUCGAUCGAUUAGCCAGGAUCCUUCAGAACCCCAUCAGGUAUACACUGACAGCAGCAAAAUCAGAAAGGAAUGCUUCUGAAAAACCAAGAGAGGAGAAAACAAGAGUGCUGGAGAAGAGCGUGCCUGAAAGUACCUCGCAGCCCCAUGCAGCACGUGUUAAAGGGAGGCCACGUAUCAACUAUCGUGAAAGAAGCUUUGUUGAGCUCAGGAAAAAUAGGUCAGGAGAGAAAGUUACCUGCCACACUAAUGAAAUUUCAGAACACCAGCAGUAUUUGGACACUUCUAGUGACACUUGCUCAGAGAGAAGGCUUAGUAAAGAACUCUGCACCACAAUCAGUUCCACCAUCUCAGAAUCAGAUGCGCUAACACAAACGGACAUAGAAACGACGACUCAGACUGAGGUGAGCAGUUCUGUUUCCACCAUUGACACUGCCAGACUGGUCAGGGCUUUUGGGCACAGAAGAGUGCAGCUGUCACCAAGACUCUCCCAGCUUUAUCGUACCAUCCACCAGCAGAAAAGCCGCUCUGAAAAGUGGGAGGAGGAAGGCAGCGGAGUGAGGGGUGUAGAACAUCCAAAGGUUACUUCUGAGAGACACAGGAAACAGAAAGAGACCCAGAAGGCAUUGGAUCAAGCUUUGACAAGCAGUGGUUCCUGGGGACCAAGCUCAGCUCUCAGCAACAAGCGACGCGCACGGAUGUUAAACAAAGGUAUCCAAGCAGGAGACUUGGAGAUUGUGAAUGGUGCAACGAAGAAAAACACUCGAGAUGUUGGUGUGACUUUCCCUACCCCAAGAUCCAUCCAGUCAAAUCAACGGCCGCGGGAUCCCUGGCAUCGUGUCGAUGGUAUUUUUGGAGAGUCAGAUGGUAUGGUCACAGAUCACCAGGCAGCAGGAAGCAAGGGUAAGCAGAAGGGACAGCCAGGCAGUUUUUUCAUGGAGAAAAGGACAAAAAGGAGCAGACUGCUUUUACCACAACAAGGGAUUUCAUGGUUUGUCCAAGCAGAGGAUUUGAGGUUUGAAUCUAGGAAAGAAAACUGUUCCAAUUCCAUCCCUGGUCCUGGUUCAUCUUGGUUUGAACCCUUCACCACCAUGAAGCCCUGGAGAGAGCCUCUGAGAGAGAAGAACUUUCAAGAGCAGCAGUGCAGCAAAGUGACUCAGCUUGCAGCUCCAGAAAGAGAUGCUGAGACCAGGCCCAUCCAGCCACUGGUGAAGCUUACGCUGCAGGAGGCUCUUGCAGUGCAUCGCCCUGAUUUCAUCUCCCGCUCCGGUGAGCGCGUGAAGCACCUGAAGCUUUUAAUGGAGGAGAGGAGAAUGCAGAGCGUGCUGCAGUCUGAACCAGAAGAGCUUUUUAAUCCUCCAGAGAAAAGGAAGGGCUACAGGAAUGCAAGUCAUGUGCUGGCUGACAGAGGUUAUCUGAUUAAAGAAGAGAGAAGAGCAAUUCCAAAGAGUGAGAUGGUUCAAAGAUCUAAACGGAUCUAUGAGCAGCUGCCAGAGGUGCAGAAGAAGCGAGAGGAAGAAAAGAGAAAAUCUGAGUACAACUCAUAUCGCCUGAAAGCACAGCUGUACAAAAUGAAAAUCACCAACCGUGUCUUAGGGAGGAAGGUACCCUGGAACUGAUAAGGAUCUCCUCUUCAAAUAAAGACGUGCUGUGCUUAGCAAACCUGCAGAGAGAUUGAUGUGAAAUAGAUAAGGCAGCAAAUAUUGUGCAACACAUGCUUUGUGGAAUUCAGUUACAUCUUUCUGCACUAAUACAAUCUUGCCAUAUUUAUAAGAUACUAAAAGAUCAGUGAUUUGAUGCAAAAGACAGGUUUUUAAAUACAUGAUGGCUGUGGGUAGUGGUGGGGUGCACUUCCAAAGCAAAUAUAGUUUUAGGAAGUACUUGGCUCAUAACAUAUUUAUAAUUAUGUGAUUGAAA